AGUAGCUAAACUACUUAUGUUUAAAGACGGCAUCGAUGCCAAAACACUGGUGGAAUCGGAUGAUUUCAAAACAGGCAUAUCCUCCCACAUCCAACAUGAUGUCUGGGCUACACAAUUAGCUAAUUCUAGCAAACAACUGGUCACUACCCAAGACACCAUCAAGAAGGCUAUUAGCCACGGGCUCGAUAAUAUCACUUCGGUGGUGAGCAAAAAAAUACAACAGGAAUUCCGGAACCAGAAUUUCCGACGUAACAACUGGCGUGACGACGACUAUGACAGACAAUCAUAUCGCCGCCCGGAUGAUUACAGCCGGAACCAGCGUCAAGCUGAGCAACCAAUGUAUCAACCAACCAUUGGUACACCAACUAUAGCCAUCAACCCAGCCCCACAACAGCUCAACCAGCAGCUGGCAGCCCCACAGGGCUAUUGGAACCCGGCAAUCGCCAACCAACCAACAGGCUUAGUCUAUGCCUCACCUCAACCGGUUCAGCAACAACCGGUUCAGCAACGUACUGAAAUUCCGUACCGUAAUUUUAUAACAAGGGUCAGCACGGGCUACAAACCCCAUAUCUACCCGACCGUUAAGGCAUUAAAUCGGAUGCUCCGAAACCAGGUCCUUAUAAACCAAUCUCACUACAAUAUCUCUGAUGAAGAGAUUGAGGCCCUCUGCCUCGGACUUAACUUCAUACCAUCGGACAUUAGUCCGGAAGCGAAAGAAGCCAACUCCAGCAACCUUAACCAAGGUGUCAGCAAACUAAUUAGAGCAAUCAACAUCAGCCUACAUUUUGGAGAUAACUCCAGUACGAAUACAAGGAAGGGACGACUAACUAAGUUCCUCCCGAGCACUUGGGACCCCCCUACCCGAUCAUGGACACAAAUUCCAGCUGUGAUCGAUAUCCUGGACAAUAUCAUGAGCGUACCAAACGGUGCUGAACAUGUGGGAACUCCCCAACCAAUUAUAGAAGCAAUCGAGAAACUUCAAUCAGAAACCAAACUACACAUCCUUAAAGCGGAUAAAGGCCGGAACACAGUAAUCUGGGAAGCAGACGCCUACGACAGGGAGGCAACUAGACAGUUGUCAGACAUAACUACGUAUACGGAAUUAACCUUAUCUGAGUAUCACUCUCACCUCCAACGAAUCCAUUGCCUAUGUGAGACUCUCUCUGAGAAUCUACUAGCUAAUGGUUACAUAACAACAAUGGAGGACGAAGCAAUACGCUCCACCGAAACACGUGGAGCAUAUAUUUACUUUCUGCCCAAAACCCACAAAGACAUAAACAAAACAAGCUUAACAUUUCCUGGGCGACCAAUUGUUGCUACCUUCACAUCAGGAACUUAUCUACUCGACAAACUGAUAACAGAGGUUACUGCACCUCCUCCCCCCGAAUACCGGGUUCACUAA